AUGAUCUUUUUAUCAUUUUAUUUUUUACAAACACAGGGGUUCACAGGCAUUUCACUGGAGAGAGUCAUGCAUGGUGGAGCGAAUGUCACUGGAUUUCAGAUUGUGAAUAAUGAGAAUCCACUUGUCCAGCAGUUUUUACAGCGAUGGGUACGUCUGGAUGAACGAGAGUUCCCUGAAGCAAGGAAUUCACCAUUAAAGUAUACAUCUGCACUGACCCAUGAUGCAGUCCUGGUAAUUGCAGAAGCAUUUCGAUACUUAAGAAGGCAACGAGUGGAUGUCUCAAGAAGAGGAAGUGCUGGUGACUGCCUGGCAAAUCCUGCUGUGCCAUGGAGCCAAGGGAUAGAUAUUGAACGGGCUCUGAAAAUGGUUCAAGUUCAAGGAAUGACUGGGAAUAUCCAAUUUGAUACAUAUGGAAGAAGAACCAACUACACAAUUGAUGUAUAUGAGAUGACCGCUACUAAACCUCGCAAAGUUGGACAUUGGAAUGAAUAUGAACGUUUUGUUCCUGCUCCUGACCAGCAGCCCACAAAUGACUCUUCUUCUGUGGAAAACAAGACUAUUGUAGUUACAACAAUUUUGGAAAAUCCAUAUGUAAUGAAAAAGAAAAACUAUGAGCAGCUGGAUGGCAAUGACAAGUAUGAAGGGUACUGUGUGGACUUAGCUAGUGAAAUUGCAAAGCAUGUUGGGAUAAAAUACAAACUAUCCAUUGUUGAGGAUGGCAAGUAUGGUGCCCGUGACCCUGAAACUAAAAUUUGGAAUGGAAUGGUGGGUGAACUUGUGUAUGGGAGAGCAGACAUAGCUGUUGCCCCUCUCACCAUUACUCUGGUACGGGAAGAAGUGAUUGAUUUUUCAAAACCAUUUAUGAGCCUUGGCAUCUCCAUCAUGAUUAAGAAGCCUCAAAAAUCAAAACCAGGAGUGUUUUCCUUCCUGGACCCCUUGGCCUAUGAAAUAUGGAUGUGUAUAGUUUUUGCAUAUAUUGGAGUCAGUGUAGUUCUUUUCCUUGUGAGCAGAUUCAGCCCUUAUGAAUGGCACUUGGAGGACACCGAUGAAGCUCGUGACCCUCAGAAUCCUCCUGACCCACCAAAUGAAUUUGGGAUAUUUAACAGCCUUUGGUUUUCCCUGGGUGCCUUUAUGCAGCAAGGAUGCGAUAUUUCUCCAAGAUCCCUCUCUGGGCGAAUAGUUGGAGGAGUGUGGUGGUUCUUCACUUUAAUCAUAAUCUCCUCCUAUACUGCCAAUUUAGCUGCUUUCCUUACAGUGGAAAGAAUGGUGUCUCCUAUAGAGAGUGCAGAGGAUUUGGCUAAACAAACAGAAAUAGCUUAUGGCACAUUGGAUUCAGGCUCUACCAAAGAAUUUUUCAGGCGUUCUAAAAUAGCAGUCUAUGAGAAAAUGUGGUCUUAUAUGAAGUCUGCAGAACCAUCUGUGUUUACUAAAACCACAGACGAUGGUGUGGCUCGUGUUCGGAAGUCUAAAGGAAAGUUUGCCUUCUUGCUGGAAUCCACGAUGAAUGAAUACAUUGAGCAAAGAAAGCCAUGUGACACCAUGAAAGUUGGAGGAAACCUCGACUCCAAAGGCUACGGAGUGGCAACACCAAAAGGCUCAGCAUUAAGAACUCCCGUAAACCUUGCAGUAUUGAAACUCAGUGAACAAGGCAUCUUAGACAAGCUGAAAAACAAAUGGUGGUACGAUAAGGGUGAAUGUGGAGCCAAGGACUCCGGAAGUAAGGACAAGACAAGUGCCCUGAGCCUCAGUAAUGUUGCGGGGGUAUUCUAUAUUCUUGUUGGAGGUCUUGGACUUGCCAUGAUGGUGGCUUUGAUAGAAUUCUGCUACAAAUCACGAGCAGAAUCAAAAAGAAUGAAAUUGACAAAGAACGCACAAAACUUUAAACCUCCUCCUGCAACCAGCACCCAGAAUUACGCUACUUACAGAGAAGGUUACAAUGUCUAUGGAACGGAAAGUGUUAAAAUUUAA